GCUUUCUGCGAAGUGAUUGGGAGAUUAUUGGAGCUGAGUGAGCGAGCAAAGCCCGCUGUAUUUGCCUUGAUCCUUCAGUAGCUCCACAGCCAUCAUUUUGUGGGCUUCGCAGAGUCGCAGGACGAUGGUCGGAAAGAUGAGUGUAGACUCCGUCCUUAGAGCUCUGUUUUACAGCGAAGAGAACACCUGUGCACCAGAGUAUGGUUCCAGGCCAGAGGCAGCCCCACGAGGAAGCGGUGCACGUGUCCUGGCAGGGAGGGGGGCCCUGGUCUCUGCAGUGGAGGACACGCCAGCUGUACACACAGUCCUGGCGAGACGUCGUGUGAGAGCUGCCUCUUGAGGGGGUUCAGAAACCUAAAAAUGGGCAAAAAGCUCCCCAGAGAAAAAAAGAGUAGAAGUGGCAAGGCAGCUAAUGGCUCUGCCAGAAGGCAGGUCUGGGGGUGAAGAGGUAAGGUUUGCUGUGCCAGUUAACGCAUCUGCUUAAAUGCUAGGGCAAGAAGUUGGGUUUUAUUUUGAAGGCAUUGGGAAGCCUUAAUUUUUGAGGAAGAAAAUGAAAAAAAAAAAGUGUUUCAGGAACAUUAAUAUGGCAACAGUGUUGAAGUCGAGGAGAAUAACUAGAUUAUUGCUAUAGUACGAAAAAGCUAAUGAAGGCCUGAAUUUGAGUGGUAGCAGUGAGGUGGAAAACAGGGAGCAGGUGUGAGAAAUGUUGUACCGUCAGAACCCACAGUAAAGGCCUGCUGGGUGUUGGUGCUUGAGAGAUGAGGGACUCAGCUCUGCCUAACCGAGUUGUUUCGUUUAUUGGAAGAAAGUGCACGACAGGGAAGUCUGGGGGAGGUAGUCAUCAUGUCAAGUUUAGUCGUCACUGAACUUGAGGGACCAUUAAGACAAUCUGGUAGACAGUCUGCUAAGCAGCUGGAAAUGCAGGAUUCGAGCUUAAGAGAGACUGGGGUGGGGUAAACAUGGCAUCCUCUGCCUAGAGGUGGUGGUUGAGAACGUGACAUCCAUGAGAUCACCAGGGAAGAGACUGGUAGCAGAACUAAGGCAGGUAGACAAGGACAGAUCCUUGGGCAAUGCCAAGAACAACAGGAAUGAGAAGAUGAGCCAGAGAGAGUAGUCAGAGACAGAAGAGGAAGCCCAGAGAAGGUGAUCAUGUAGAACUCGAGGAGGAGAGGGGAGUUUGAAAGAGGAAGUGGAGAGCGUGAUCUCACCUGGCCAGCGUUUGCCGAGAACCUGCUGUGUGCCGGGUGCAGACGGCAAGACCGGUCAGAGCUGGCCCUUGUGGAACUUGGGUUCUGGUGAGAAAGACAGGCACUGUUUGCAUAAUUAACAGUGUAGUAGCUAUUAUCACUAAGUACAGGAUAUUUGGGGGCCGUAUAACGGUAACACUUCUUGUUUUGUUGUGGGAAUGUGCAGAAAAUGAGACUUGAAGGAUGAAUAAGAUGAGGGGUUGGACACUUUCUACUAAAGUACCAGGUGAGAAAGAGUUGCUAUGUCGAAGGACUUGAAGUAGGUCGUGUGGCCUCAGCAGAGAGUGGGGAUGGCCUGAGAUACCAGGUAACAUUUGGUGAGCGUGUUGUCUGUACCAGGUACUGUCAGCCCUGCUUUCCCUGUAUUACCAGAUCAUGCAGUCAUCAGAGAUCUUGUUCAGAAUUUGGUUCUUUACCUUUGGACAGUGAGAAAUGAAAAGAGUGUUUUGAUCAGCAGAGGGAUAUGAAAAGAUUUGAGGGGGAGAGGGAGGUUGUGGGGACUCUGAUGAAGCUAUUACAGGGGCCGGAUGAUAGAUGGAUGAUGGUGGCUUGGUCUGGGGUGGGGGUAGUAGUGAGGAUUGAAAAGAGAGAUGAACUUGAGAGGUGAACUUGAGGAGCCUUGGGUGAUUAAAUGGGGACAGGGAUGAGGAAGUGGGAGGAGUUCAAGCUGAUUCUCUGGUUUCUGGCUGGAGCAAUGGGGCAAGUAUCACUUGAGAAAGGGAAUACUACAGGAGUAGUUGGCUGGGAGAUGAGAGAAGAUCCUGAUUGUGGCUCUAUUAGGGCUGCGUUGAGUAGGAGGCACCUACCUCAGUGACGUAUCCGGGUCACGCUGGCAGUUCGAUCUUGAAAGAGAUGCAUAGGCUGGAGAGAGAAAUUCAUAAUCUCUGGCAGAAGUGUGUGGAUCAAAUUGUCCAUGGCAGUAGUUCUCAAAUUUCAGAGUGGACCAGAAUCACUGGAAGGUUCAAUGCAGACUUCUGGGCCCCCUCCCAGGGUUUUUUCUCCAGUAGGUCUGGUGGUGGAGAACAAGAGUUUGCAUUCUAACGGGUUCCCAGGCAGUGCGCAUGCUGCUGAUCCAGAGAACACAUCUUGAGGAGGUAUAGACUGAGAGAAGAGGAGACUCAGAACCUAACCUUGAGGAAGUCAUUUUUUUUUUUAAGUGGAAUAGGAGGAACCUACAGAGAAGGCUGAAAAAUAAGUAGGAGGAGAAAAUAGUAUUUGUUAUAUUUAGCUGAAUAAGGCUGUGAAUACUUUGGUGAGAACAUUUUCAUGGAGUGGUGGGACAAGGCCAAAUUGCAAGAAAUGUGGCAUAAGUAGAAGGAAUGAAGAAAGAAUAUAAAAGGUAGAUGACGUUCUGAGGAAGUUUUGCUAUAAAACGAAGAAGACUGGCUAGAAGAGGCUUGAGUAUAUUUAAAUGUGAAUGAAAAGAUGCUUGAUGAAAAGAUGCCAGUAGAAGGAAAGAGACUGGGGGCUGGAGGUGGAGAAGACGCAGUUAAUAAGCCACAGCUCAGGGUUCCUGAGGGGGAAGGAAGAGCUAGGAUCCAGGUGCUGGAGGUGGAGAAGACGCAGUUAAUAAGCCACAGCUCAGGGUUCCUGAGGGGGAAGGAAGGGAUAGGAUCAGGUGCUGGUGGCGUACGUGGAGAGUCCCGUCCUUGUUUAUCAGGUGGGAAGGAGGAGAGGAGGGGUGCAGGUACGUCUGUACGUGUGGUGACAGGAAGUCGACUUGGUUCCUCUCUCACAGCUUCUGUUUCUUUGUGAAGUAGGUGAGGCCGUCUACUGAGACAGGGAAGCAGUUUCAAGGAAAGUCGAGAGAGUGUGACUGGCCUCUGCAGAAAGUGGGGAAAUUAGUUGACGGGAGAAGCACGAUAGGAUUGCGAGGUUGUGUCGAGUGCCUGGGCGAGAAUGGUGACUGCACAUGUGGAGUGUGUAUGUGCUCCUCUCAGUGCCCUUAGAGUUUGGGUGUGGGUGGGGAGACGGUGGUUAGCAGCGGAUGGCUGCAAAGCAGGAAGCUGGGGCCUAGGGAUGGGAGUGCUUAGAGUACUGGAGAGUCCUUGCAAGGCGGAACUGUGGAAUGAAAGCGGGACAGGAAGUAAAGUGACACACUGCAGAUAAGUCAAGAAAGAGAAAAGAGAUGAAGAAAAACCAUGGUUUAGUGUAGGAAUUUCUGUGUCACUUAUAUGCGUUUGUCAUAGACAAUUCCUAGCAUGAGCAAAGAAUUCACUCCCACCAAUGUCACUGCUACCACUUUCCUAGGUCAUUGACGUUUUUUAAAGUGGUUAAGAUUAAUUUUCUGACGUUCUCCUUUUUUUAAAGCAACAUCUAGGUUUUAAAUUAAACCUACAUUUAAAGCAUUAAAUUUCUUUCAUAUAUCUGUAUCUAUAGAUGUACAUCUGUAACUAUCCAUCCAUCCACAUGCCACACUCUCGGACUUUGUUUUCUAGAAUUCUAAUCUACAGUAAGAAUGAUACGGCUCUUUUACAGUCUGUUUUGGUCAUGGGUUUUGGAAUAUACAUGAAAGGUAUUGUAUAGAAGUAACAUGAUUUCUUAUAACUUCAGGAAAAUAUUUUUUGAAAAUAAUAAAGUAGAUAAAUUGGCAAAGUUAUACCACAAUUGCUGACCUCUUCAGGACUUCAGUAGAAGGAAAAUAAAUUUUCACUAUAUGUGCAUUUACCAGUAAGAAAGGAGGAGUACUAGAAACCAGAGAAGGGAAUCAGAGGGGAGAGGAAGAGUAAGACAGAAAACUGAGAGGGCAAGGAUAAAACACACAACCUGGAGGGUUUUAUUUUAGGCCCAACUACUGUGUUCUGUUUGAUGAGGGCAAAGAGGUGACAAUAAGGAGAAAGCAGAGGGAACAAGAAACUGGAGGCCUCUAUAAAUUCACAGUAUGGGUAGAACGGGAGUAAAGAAGUGGAAAAAAAACCAACCCGAAAAGAAAGAGUGUCUUGGUACCUGGAAGAGGGUCCUGGGUCAAAGCGUUGGAAGAAAUAGAGGAGCAGAGGAGUGUAGUCAAAGAGGAGAGUAGUCGUGGCAAGUGUCAAGUUUUAUUGGCUGAAGAGGAAGCUCCUUGGGGUUGAAGAUCUCAGUAAAUUGAGUGCAGGAGUUGGAGAAGAUACCAGUUUAGAAGCAAAAAUUGCCAAAGAUGUUGGCAGGGAGAGAUGACCAGAGCCUGGUGCGAGUGUUCUGUACAUUAGCAAGAGUGUGGAUUUCAGGAGGCGGUGCUGAUAAAUGGUGGCCAUGGAAUUUUCUCCCAAAGCAGCGAUUUAGUCUAAGGUCUCUGUAGACCUCUCUUUGCUCUUUGAGUAGGAAGAACUCAAAGGAACACUUCUUGGGAGGAGGUUGUGAGAAUGGUGAUGUCUCGGGCGGGAGUGGGGGGUAGGGGGGAGGCAGACAGUAAAGGUGAAGAGAUAAAAGGAGUUCUUGAGAGAAAAGUGGAGAAUACAGGGGAGUGUGUCGGUGAUGAGUAGAGUCUCGAGGAUGAUGGGCAGUGAAGUUGUUGUGGAGAGGGAGAGGCUGAGCCUAAUGAGGGUCCUGGGGAUUAGCGGGGUAAGCAGUCUGUGCCCUAAAGCAGCCGUGAGUAGAUGUGACAGGGAGAGGAACACCAAAGUUGCUGGACAGGCUGAAGCAGUGGCCUCCAACCCUUCUCACCGUGUAUCCUGUGAGUAAAACAAGUGUUUGCAAUGGCUGCUGCUGUGAACCUGGAACUUGAUCCCAUUUUUUUGAAAGCACUGGGCUUCUUACAUUCGAAGAGUAAGGACUCUGCUGAAAAGCUGAAGGCAUUACUUGAUGAAUCUUUGGCUCGGGGCGUUGAUUCAAGUUACCGUCCAUCCCAAAAGGAUGUGGAGCCACCCAAAAUUUCAAGCACAAAAACUAUUUCCAUUAAGCAAGAGCCCAAAACCUCAUCCAGUCUUCCUUCUGGCAGUAAUAAUGGCAGGGCCCUCACAGCGGAGAAGGUGAAGAAGGAGGCUGAGAAGAGGCCUGCGGAUAAGGUGAAAUCUGACAUCACUGAAGCACUUGAUCUUCCCAAGAAACCUAGAUUGGAGAAACCAGAGACACGGUCCUCUCCCAUUACCGUCCAGACCAGCAAGGACUUAGCCAUGGCUGACCUGUCCAGUUUCGAGGAGACCAGUGCUGACGAUUUUGCCAUGGAGAUGGGCUUGGCCUGUGUUGUUUGUAGGCAAAUGACGGUGGCAUCUGGUAAUCAGUUAGUGGAAUGUCAGGAGUGCCACAAUCUCUACCACCAAGAUUGCCACAAGCCGCAGGUGACAGACAAGGAAGUGAAUGACCCUCGCCUGGUGUGGUACUGUGCCCGAUGCACCAGACAAAUGAAGAGAAUGGCUCAAAAAACUCAGAAACCACCCCAGAAACCAGCCCCCACCGUUGUUUCUGUAGUUCCAGCUGUCAAAGACCCAUUGGUUAAGAAAGCAGAAACUAAACUCAAACAAGAGACAACUUUUCAAGCAUUUAAGAGAACGGAAGUCAAGCCAUCCACAGUUAUUUCAGGAAAUUCUUCCACUACCAGUGUUUCUUCUUCAGUAACUAGUGGCCUCACUGGAUGGGCAGCUUUUGCAGCCAAAACCACUUCUGGGGGUCCAUCAGCAGCAAAACUGAGUCUAGCGACCCAGAACAGCAGCGGGAAACCUGCGGCCUCGUCAGCUAACCAGAAGCCUGUGGGUCUGACUGGUCUGGCCAGCUCCUCCAAAGGCGGAAUAGGUUCCAAAGUAGGUUCCAGCAGCAGCACCACACCCACCGUGCCCCUGAAGCCCCCUCCGCCUCUGACUUUGGGCAAAACCAGCCUUAGUCGCUCAGUUAGUUGUGACAAUGUCAGCAAAGUAGGUCUUCCUAGUCCAAGUACCUUAGUUCCAGGAAGUAGCAGCCAACUAAGUGGGAAUGGGAAUAGCGGGACAUCAGGGCCUAGCGGAAGUACCGCCGGCAAAACCACCGCGGAACCGAGCAGCUCUCCCUCCACGUCCCUUAAAGGUCCCACUUCCCAGGAAUCACAGCUCAAUGCCAUGAAGCGGUUACAGAUGGUCAAGAAGAAAGCCGCGCAGAAGAAACUCAAGAAGUAAUGUGGCCAAGUAGGUGUUUAGAUCACAUUACCCUAAAGAUUAAAAUCUUAUUGUUGGGACCUUAACCAUAAUACGCUAUAAUUUAAUAAAAUCUUCCUAGUGAAAUUUCUAUUAUUUCUUACCUUAAAAUACUAAAUAUUAUUUAGCAAAACUUGGAAAUCUUUGGUAUUUUAAAUCUGUUUAUUUUUAUUAUAACAAUUUCCAUACUGUGAGUGAAAACAAUAAUUAGAAUGACUAAUUCUUGAUGAGAACUUCCAGAAUCCCAGAAGACUGGUAGCAUAUAUGAAUUUAAAAAAAAGAAUAGUUCCGCUUUUAGCAAAGCCCAAGAAUUGAUCCUGCUGAAUAAGGUGCCUUACAAGGUGGCGGGAUGACCCAGCACGAGGCUUUCUGCUUUCCCUCCAACAUUCUAGAUAUUCGGUGUCUGUCCCCAGCCUCGUUUCCGUUGAUUCUCCCUCUCCCCCAAAAUAUUUCGUCUCCCCUUUUUCACACCCCUGUAUGUAUGUUUGCCUUUCUUAGCACCUGUGCCAAUUAUUUAGGGAUUCAUCUCUUCCGGUAGAUUGUGAGCUCUCGUGCCCUUUUAACGCAGCACUUUUCUCACAUUGCCAGUGUAACGUAUGCACUUCAUAUUUAAUAAAUGUUGGAUUUUGAUUCAUCCUGGUUAGA